UAUUGAUUGAUUGAUAUAACAAUACUAGUAAUCACAUAUCACUUGUAUGUAACAAAUGAAUUGAUUUUGCGGUUCAUAUAAAUCAUAUCAUAUAUGCGUUUUCAAGAAGUUGUGUUUUCAAUUGUUCCCCAAUGUUGUGGACAAUAGUUUUAUCGGUGUCUGUUGUUGUCGCUAUCAAAGUGGCAACUUGUGAACCGCUGCCGAUCGAGAUUACUGGCCUCGGAUGGCAUUCACCGCAAGCAAUAUUCCCGUCCCGCUAUUUCUUUGUCUGGAACAAACCGGUUUCGGCUGUGGUAAUCACUUCGCCGGCCGACGACAGGGCGUGUCGUGUUUGGCAACAAGUGUUCAAUGAGACCAACUUUGCCGACAAAUUGGUGACAAUAGUACGCUAUAAACUUGUCGGCGAUGUUUGUCGCGGCGGUAUUCAAAUCGAUGUCUAUGGCAACGAUCAAAGUAGUUCACAACCAAUGGCUCGACGAGUGGUAACAGAAGAUAUCUGGAGUGAGAAGUGUGUCUGCAGAAGACAUGAUUGGCCACAGCUUAUGAAAUGUCGCGAAAUGAGUCAACAAUUUAAACAAAUAGACAGUGAUUUGAGUAUAUUCAAUACAAGUGAUGGCAUCGACUUUGACAAAGUAUUAGAUGAAAUGAAGUCAAGAUUUGCAGAACACCGGAGAUCUUAUUCAUUCUGUCACUAUCAGGUCAUUAACAAUCAGGCUUACAAACACUGUUAUGGAGAGUACAUAGGAUUUGCACAAUUCUGGGAUGAAAUGUUGCGAUCAUUGCUAUCGAAAACCUAUAUUCCCGACAUAGAGUUUGUGGCCAAUCUGGGCGAUUGGCCGCUCAGCGACAAACGCACCAAACCGCCAUUGCCAGUGAUGUCGUGGUGUGGAUCCACCGAUUCCAACGACAUUGUAUUACCCACUUAUGAAUUGACUGAAUCAACGCUUCAGAUGCAGGGAAGGGUUACUCUCGAUGUACUUUCUGUGUUUGGCAAACAAUCGGUCAAAUUUGACGACAAAAAAGAAAUGCUGUUCUGGAGGGGUCGCGACUCCAAUGAGAAUCGUCUGAAAUUGAUUCGGUUGAGCAAAAACCAUACGUCACUUAUCAAUGCCUCGUUGACCAACUUUUUCUUCUUUCGGGACCAAAUGGACGAAUUGGGUCCAAAGUCGCCGUAUGUAUCUUUCUUCGACUUUUUCCAAUACAAAUAUCAGCUGAACAUUGACGGCACUGUCGCUGCCUAUCGACUGCCAUACCUGUUGGCCGGCAAUUCGGUUGUCUUAAAGCAAGAAUCAAAGUACUAUGAAUUCUUCUAUCAUCUCUUGAAACCUGAUGUCCAUUACAUUGCCGUUGAUAAAGAACUUAAUAAUUUGGUCGAUAAUAUCGACCAUUUAAUUAAAUUAAAUGAUAGCAAUAACGGUAGCAAUAAUUUAUGGCAAUUGAUAACUGAGUCGCGACAGCUUGUAUUGGACAACCUGUUGCCGCAACACAUCUACUGUUAUCACAUGAAUUUCAUCGAUAGAUACUCUUCUCUACUUAAAAACAAAAUUGUUUUGAGACCUGAAAUGACUAAAGUGUUUGUUGACAGCGAUACUGAUUGUCAUUGCGAUGAUCAACAACAACAACAAGCGGAUCAACUGAGAGAUAGACAAGAAUUAUGAUAAAUAUAUUAUCAUAAUAUA